GAAGUUUAUAUUUUCUGACAAGCAUAUAAGAGACGUUCUUGCAUUCAACUUUAUUAAUUUGAAAUGUCGCUUUACGAACCUGCCGAUGGAAUUCUUGAAACCCAUGUGACAUGGGAAGACGUCGAGAAGGACCUUCAACAAAGUCUUGGAACGCGAGCUACAUUUGGAGAAAAUAAGAGAGCGACAAAUAUCAGCGAUUUGAAAGGUUUCAUGUCAAGAAUCGCCUGCCUUGAACCUGAUUGGCAAAACAUUGAGGAAGGAAAGGAACUUCCAUCAAAAUUUGCGUUGAAGGUAUGACUUCCUUGAACUUGCUAAACAUUAAAUUUUGGAGGAAAUUGUUCUCUAUAUUUGGAAAAUGAAGUUCCUGACUAGAAAACCGGGCAAAAGUACAUACACACAACACACAGGAUACAAUUGUAUUAACUAGAUCGAGAGAUAAAUAAAUCAUCAUUAAAUAAUUUAAAUCGGAGCUAGUCGAAAAAUCUAACUUGAUUGGCGCUCGGAUUGAAGGUAGAUGGAACGACCUCUCAAUACUGUUUGCUGGAAUCUCGAAAACUGUUUCCUAUCGCAACUAGCUCACACUUCAGGAACAAUGAGUUGACGCAUAAAGUUCCAAAGUUGUUUGGAUAAGCUCUCAGCUGGCUCUUGUUGCUUUAUCGAAAAUCAUGAAUUUUGAAGAAGGUGCCGGAUUUUCUGAAGAAAAAUUGAAGAAGUUUUCGAGUUUAACAAAAGAAUGUCAUAAUAGAGAGGUCGACGCAUAUAAGGUUUUGAUGAAAUUCAAUCAUCCCGAUAUUCCAUACACCAAGCAGAUACAAUUAUUCCGAUAAUAAGAGGAGUUGCCACAUUUUCAGCUCUCGGGGAACGUCUUUCCAAAGAAGAUCAACAUUUUGUUAUGGGACCAACCUACCUGGAAAUGAUUUUUGAAGAUUUUUUCAAUGAUGUUGAACUGAAAAAGAAAUUCGAUACACUUCGGACUACAUUUGAAGAAACGGAAAAUCAAGAAAAAGUUGAAAAGCUAAUUACAGUUUUUGAACACUAUAAGUCAUUGGUGAAAAAGUAUACAAACAUUUCCGAUAUUUUGGGUGUUAAACUUGUACUCAAUCAUGGAGACUUGUCGCAACCAAACGUACUUUUUUCACUGGAUCCACAGAAUAAACUGAAAUUAGAAGCAAUUAUUGACUGGCAGUGUGUUUCUAGAAUGCCUCCUGGUCUGGAUACUGCUAGAUUAUUGUUAGGAUGUCUAUCCGGACAGGAGCGCCGUGAACGAGGAACUGAACUUUUGAAGGUGUAUCAUGAAACAUAUACCAGCGUAUUUGGUGAAGAAUUAUUCACGUUUCAAGAACUUCAAGAACUUUUCAAUCUGUUUGCUCCAAUGAUGGCUAUGAUGCUUCUACCUGUUAUGCCCUCUUCCAUCCAAAGUGCAAUUAUUCCAGAAGAAGAUAAAGUGAGUGCCUUGAAGGAGGUCAAAACAAAGAUGAUUGCAAUGAUGGAAGAUAUACUGGAAAUUCACGACAAUAAUUUGAAUCAUUUUUCUGAUUUCAUGAAGAUUUAAUUCCAAUUUAUUCUGUUCAAUUGUUUAAAUGACCAAAACAAUGGGCUAGAAUGACGUUUCAUUAAA